AACUAAAAUUAUCCUAAGUUUGUUUCGAUAUAAAAAGAUCUCACGACACAACUACACUUUAAUUUAGCAUCUUUUUAAUUCUUGAGUCUUGAUCAAGAUUCGUUUGUUGAUUGUCGCUCGUGUCAGUCCUAUCUAUGAUUAACUCUUGUUGUCGUUAAAAAAACAGAUUAAAAACUUUUUAUAUUGAGAGUCAUCGUAUCGAUGAGCGUCAGUACGAUUGGAAAAUUCAGACGGAAAAUAUCAAGAGUAAGAAAGCGAAACAUUUAAAUUUUUUUUCGUGGGUGAAAGUGAAAUACCAAGAAAUCAGAAAACAUCUCGAGUAAUCAAUUCAAAGUGCUAACUGUAGUUUGAAAGUAACUGAACGGUGACAUAACAAAGAUCUCGUUGAGUAUUGAAGAACUUUCUAGUAAUUUUCACAUAAAUAGAAGAAUAAUGGAAAUGGAUGAUGCAAACAUAUUAGUUCAAUGUGAUUUUGAAGUGUUUGGUCAUGUGCAAGGUUGUGGCUUUACAAAAUAUUGCCGUGACAAUUGUUUGAAUGCAGGCAUCAGAGGUUGGGUGAAAAACUCAAAACGAGGAACAAUUGUUGGCAAAAUGCAAGGUCUCAAGCCGGAAAUUGAUAAAAUGGUUGAUUGGCUGAGACAUAUUGGCAGUCCUGGAUCAAAGAUAGAGAGAGUAGAAUUUGAAAAUUGGAUUACUAUCAGUAGAUACGACUAUAAAGAUUACCAAAUCAGAUUCUAAACUGUUUAAUUAUUUUAAUUUAAUUUAAGAGAUUUAUUAAAUUUACCAUGUAAUUUAUGUGACUAAAGUUCUUGAAAUAUUUUUCUAAACUUAUGUAUUAUGAUGUCUUUACGUAUUUCUGAACUAAAAUAUUUUUUCGGCGUUUUAUGUUUACGAGUGCAUAAAUAAAUAAAAAACGAAUAAAAACUUACAAA